AUGUCUAAUACCGAGGCCCUCACCUCCUUCGGCGAGCCCCUGCAUGUCAGCAUUUCGCGUGGUACCGAGCGCUUCAAGUCCAUCCAGCGCCAGCUUUCCAAGCAGCUGACGGUUCCCGACGAAGAACAGGCCGCCGGUGCCUUUGAUCUCAGCGAGUGGCUGACCAGCAAGAAGCAGAAAGAAGUGGACCAUCUAUUUGCCAACCGGGUUGGCCUAGUCUUCAAUGACCUCGACAUAUUCGGGGACAAUAUCGCUAACCGCCACAUUGCCUCGCUGAUCACCCCCUUCUACAAGCUGGCCAAAUCCAGCAUCCGUGGCUUUGGCCUCCUAAAUCUGCUUUCGCGCGAUCGCGAACACAAGCACAUCAUCCACAACAUGUGCGGCCUGGUCGAGGACGGCGAGAUGCUGCUUAGUCCUGGGCCGUCCGGGCUCUGGCUGCUCGACCCUGCUGCGUCGCUAAAUCCUAUCCGCGGCGAAGUCGCCUAUAACCAGGAGGACGAUGUCCAUUUCCCCACCUUGACUGUGCGCAAGACCCUGGAGUUCGCCAUCAAGUGCAAGACGCCCAGCAAGAAAAUGCUCGCUAAGCCCGAAAGCUACCAGGACGAAUUCCUGGACGCUCUUCUUGACAUGUACGGGCUCAAGCCCUGUGCCGACACCAUUGUCGGUAACGCUUUCCUGCGCGGCGUAUCUGGCGGUGAGCGCAAGCGCGUCUCUAUUGCUGAGCAAAUCGCUUCUGGUGCCUCUGUCAAUGUCUGGGACGGCUCUACGCGUGGCCUCGACUCCAGCUCCGCCCUCGACUAUAUCCGCUCGCUGCGCAUUGGCUCCGAUCUGCUUCACAAAUCCACUGUCGUCACCAUCUACCAGGCAUCCGAGAACAUCUACAACCUCUUUGACAAAGUCAUGGUCAUCGAUGAGGGCCGCCAGCUGUACUUUGGCCCAGCCGACAAGGCUGUCCAGUACUUUGAGUCCAUUGGCAUAAAGAAGCCGCCGCGCCAAACCACCUCGGACUUUUUGACUGGCGUCACGCAGACCAACGAGCGCAAGCUGAUGCCAGGCUUUGAGAACAAGGCGCCAACCACUGCCGAGGACUUUGAGCACCUCUGGCUGGCCUCCAAGGAGCGUGCCGAGCUACAGUCGCAGAUCAGCGCGUUUGAGCAGCGCCUGGAGGAAGAUGACCGCGGCAACGAGAUCAGGCAGCUCGCUAACCGGAUCAAGAUGGGCACAGAGAAAAGCAAGAUGCGCAAAAGGUCCCCUUACACCACCACGUUCAUCUACCAGCUCAACCACUGCAUGCGUCGCGAGUGGGGCAUCUUCCUGGGCAACCGCGCGGCCAUCUACUUUAAGCUCAUCUACAACGUUGCCUUCGCCAUCAUCAUCGGCACCCUGUUUAUCCGCCUGCCGCAGUCCACCGCUGGCGCCUUCUCCCGUGGCGGCGCGCUUUUCUUUUCCCUUCUGUUCACCACCCUGACUGCUCAGUCCGAGAUCCCCAAGGCCGUUUCUGGCCGCGAAGUCGUCUACAAGCACAAGGCUCUGGCCAUGUACCAUCCCGGCGCUUUAUCACUUGCCCAGACCCUAGUUGACUUGCCUGCCAUGGAACGCACUGGCGGGCACUACCUGGCUGCAAUAGUGACUUUGCUUAUUGGCAGCCUCUGCCUGACUGCGUUUUUCCGGCUGAUCGGUAAUGUUGCGCCAUAUGUGGACUUUGGCCAUACCAUGUCUGGCAUCGCGUUGCUCUACAUGACCUUGUACGUCGGCUACCUGAUCCCGCCUACCAAGAUGCACCGCUACAUGGUCUGGGCGUACUGGGCAAACCCACUCGCCUACAGCUUCAAGGCUUUGCUCUCAAACGAAUUCAAAGACCGCAUGAUGCGAUGCUCUGACCGCGACCUGAUCCCGAACGGCCCCGGCUUCACCAAUAUUGCCAACCAAGUGUGCGCCCUCAAGGGCUCAAUCCCUGGCCAGCGCUAUGUUAGUGGCAGACGCUACAUCGAGGAUGCUACGGCAACACCGGCUUACUCGAUCAACGUUUACAAGCGGUAUCCACCUAGGGUCGACGCUCUCCAGGAUGUCAACGAAAGGGUCGCACUGGCCGCCACGGAAUUCGGCGAUGUUGAUUCAGAACUCGGCCCGACCGACGACCAACUCCUCAAGGGCACCACCUACACUUGGAAACACGUCAGCUACACUGUGCCGGUUAGUGGUGGUGAGCGCAUGCUUCUGGACGACGUUUCUGGAUAUGUCAAACCCGGCACAAUGACUGCACUGAUGGGCUCAUCUGGUGCUGGUAAGACCACGCUUCUGGACGCGCUGUCCCAGCGCAAGACCAUUGGCAAGCUGGAGGGCGACCUGCUCAUGAACGGUGCCCCGCAACCAGGCAGCUUCCGCCGCAUCACCGGCUACGCCGAGCAGCUUGACGUGCACAACCCACAUGCAACCGUGCGAGAGGCCCUGCGCGAUACGCCCGAAGAGGACCGGCUCCAAGCUGGCGAGGGCAUUUCUCUCGAGGAGCGCAAGCGCCUGACCAUCGGUAUUGAGCUCGUGGCUAGGCCCAAGAUCCUGUUCCUCGACGAGCCCACCUCGGGUCUUGAUGCCCAGGCCUCGUACACGAUCGUGCAGUUCCUGCGCCGCCUGGCUGCCGAGGGCCAGACCAUCCUCUGCACCAUCCACCAGCCAUCUGCGACUCUCUUUGAGCAGUUCGACCGCCUUCUCCUGCUGAUGCGCGGCGGCCAUACCGUGUAUUUCGGCGAUAUUGGGCCGGACGCCCAUACUCUGAUCAACUACUUUGAAAAGAAUGGUGCGCCCAGGUGCCCGCCAUCGGCCAACCCUGCCGAGUACAUUCUGGAUGCUGCCGGCAGCGGUGGCGAGGCCAUAAAGUGGCCGCAAGUCUGGAAUGCGUCGCCCGAGCGCAAGGCUGCAAUCGAAGAGAUCGACCACAUCAACAAUGUCAGGCAGAACGCCCCUGGCUUCAAUGACAUUGCCGAGGCCGACAACAGCAAGUAUGCGCGCACGAUACCCUACCAGAUCCAGCUGGUGACCUGCCGCAUGUUCCGCUCGAACUGGCGCGACCUCAAAUACAACCUGGUGCGCUUCGCCCUGCAGGCACUCAGUGCCUUGACGCUCGGUUUCUCGUUCAUCCGGACCGGCAACGGCGUGCAGGACACUCAAAACAAGGUGUUCGCGCUCUUCGACAGCGCUGUGCAGCCGCAGUUCCUGCGCCAACGCCAGUACUAUGGCCGUGAGUCCUCCUCGAACCAGUACGGCUGGGAGGCCUUUUCCUUCGCCAUCAUCUUCUCUGAGUGGCCGUUCGCCAUGGUCGCCAACACACUCUUCUUUGUGUGCUUCUACUGGCUGGUCGGCCUCAACUCCAGCGGCCAGCGCACCAUCUAUUUCUACCUCAUGUACCAGCUGCUUGGCAUUUUCUCGCUCACCAUCGGCCAGGCUAUUGCCGCGUUCAGCCCCAAUGACGUCAUUGCCUCGAUGAUCAACCCGAUCUUCACCGCCAUGAUGACUUUGACCUGCGGCUUCUACCGCAGCUGGUUGUACCGUCUCUCGCCAUACCUGUACUUCAUCGAGGGCACGAUUUCCAACGACAUCUACAACACGCCCAUCAGAUUUGUCAGCUCCUUCCGCGGCUACAUUGAUAACCCAGGCGACACAUCCAGAUGCUCGUUCUGCCCAUACAGAAACGGCCAGCAGUACUACAGCCAGAGCUCGUGGAGAUAUCACAACCGCUGGCGUAACUUCCUCAUUCUGCUUGGCUUCACCUGUUUCAACAUCGUCUUCACCGUAUUCAUGGUUCGCAUUUACAAGGUCAACAAACGUUAA